GACACAGCCACUACUGUCAGUGACUCUGAAGCAAAAGGCCAUGGGCGUAGGCCAAGAAGGCGAACCACAGGAGGGUCAGAUAUGGGGGACGAUGUGGAGACGGCAAAGAGGUCACAACAAGAGCAGGGUCAUUCCAGCGAGCAGGACACUCAUGCUACGCAGACACUGUCACGGCAGGAGAUUAUCUCCAUGGUGAAGAAACGGUUUGGGUUGAAACCUGGUGGAGAGAUUGAAAAAAAACCAAAUGGAAUCCAAGAGGAUACACCAGUAAGAAUUUAGUUAUUUUCUGUAGUAACUAAAUCUUUCAUUUUUGGUGCCACUGGAAAAAUGAGAGCAGCAGAAAUAUUCUGUUUUACUCAUUACCAUAAAAUAUUGUUUUGUCUUUUAGACAAGACUCUACUAUAACAUCGCCUCACUUUAUUCAAUGUUUUGGUAGCAUAUUUACUAGAAAGUAAUAUUAUUUUGAACCCUAACCAAAUAUACCAUGGGUGGCUUGAAAAUAGGAUCAGUAUUAAAGAAGGAAAGAAGGCAGCAGUCUCUCCCGCUAGAUGGGUUUUCCUUAAAGCUGGCUAAAUAAAUAUUUGCUAGAUUUUAGGACUUAAGGCAUUAUGUUUUUUUAUGUGAUGGGCUUGAGCUUUUUUUCUAUGAUAGUCCUUAUGGUCAAAUUAAAUGUAACAGUAGGAGAAUUUUGUCUGCUUACAACUAAACAAAAACUAUAACUUAGAAUUUAAAAUGCAGUACACUCUAGGUUGCCUUAAAAAGCAAGUACAAACAUUUUCUCUUCCUUACUCUUUUGAAGUAUAGUUUUCUCAAUCAUUACCAUUGCACUUGAAUUUUAAUCUUGUCCUAGAAAUGUAGCCCCAACCUUGUCAACAUUAUUUUAGCUGUUAUAAGUAAAAUGCAGAAAAUGUUUAGGUUUAGGUUCAAGGUACAAAUACUACUGGUUAAUAAAUAAAGUAGGUGAUUUAUUAUUAAGAACUUGCUCUUGUAAUUUUAUUAUGUUAAAGAGGAGAUCAGUAUUUCUGAUCCAUUUGUUGACAUAAGACAAAAAUCUGUGAAUGAAAUUUAUCCGUUUAAUUCUCAGGUUAAGUUACCUCACUGUGGCUACCAGUAUUAUUGUUCCUGAUUCCUAGCUUUUGCCAAUUUGGGUUACCCUUCUUUAAAAAUAGUGUGGAACCUAGAAAUCUCAAUUUUUUUAACGCAGGUUUUUUUAUUACAGAACUGAAUUUAAACAAUAGGAGAAGAUAAACCAGCACCACAGGAAAGAACUAGCCCUCACAUAUAAACCACAUAUUGAGAUUUAUGUCCAAGGGUCAGGAAGGAAGCUCCACAAAAAAAAAUUUAAAAAUUGAAAAUUUGAGAACAUGAUCACAAAUUAGUGAAUCGCUGCUUGAAAGUUAUAAUCCUCCCUUAUCUUGAUUUUUUACUUCAGAGUGUCUUAGUUUUGCAUGGAGUUAAUAAUAUUUUAAUCCCCUUUUUUAUUUUGACUGAUGAAAGUAAUCUCUUGCAUGUGAACACCUUCUAUGGAUUUCACAGUGGUAAAUAGCUGCCCUGAACGGGCCAUUCCAUGGUGUGAUAAGCUCUGCACUGCAUGGGAAGGUAUAAGUUAGUGAUGGUGACAUGCAAAUUUCUACAUUUCAAUUUGAAAUCUGCAAAGGCUGCUGAAACAGUUGACUAUUUGACUUCUCUGUAAUGGCAUAUAGAGUAACAAUACAGAUGUAUAAGAUUAGGGUACGUUCUUUGCGUAAGUUGUAUUAUUAUUAACUCAAGAUUGUUGAAUGAGCAUUUAUCUGUGGACUAGAUUUCACUACUGACAAAAAGCUGUUUGACAAUGAAAUUCUGUUUGGGGUUGAUUUGAACUUAAAAGGGUAAUGCUUAACUUGAAUUUUUCUCAUUUGUUGAUUUGCAGACAUUAGGAAAAGAAAUAAUCAUCUUUCAGCAGUGCAAAAGAGUUGAUCACAAAGCUUUUUCCAUAAUGUUCUGUCUAGGACCAGGAAAGAAAUGUUUCAGAGUCUUCAAAUAAUAAUUAUUUAAGGUCUACUUAAGUUGUCUCUUUCUCUGGUUGACAGAAUAAUUUAUUGUAACCCUAUAUUCACAGUCUUUGCUGAUAAACAUUUAUACGUUAACAUGUUUUCUUCACUUUCUGGUUGCUGGCACCUUUUACUGUAUGUUGUAAUAGAUGCCAUGCUGCCUCAGGUGAAAUCUGUCAGAACUGAUUCCUCUGAAUGUUUUUGUAUCAAUUUCUCUUUUUUAAAGAACUUUUGUUCCUGUCAUGUUUACCUUUGAGUUAUCACUUUUUAUUUUUUCUUUUUGAUAUUUCCCCAGCCAGCUAUUCCACCACGUCCUGUGACAUCAUCUCCCAAACAGCAAAGAUAUGAGCUGUUGUUGGACAAACCAGGGACCUACCCAACAAUGCCACGAAAAGAAGAGAACCAUGUACCACACUCUAACUCAACUCCAGGUAAUAAAUGUUAAUGUUCAAUGGUGUACAGAAAAAAACAAGAUAAAACAUGCCUCCUUGCCAAACAUCAGCAUGUUAGUACAAAUUGGCAGUGAGAUACUGUGAUAAUUUAAUGUCUGUAUGUAAUAUUUACUUUGUUAUGCUCUGAUGACUUCAUCCCAUUCCUUCUAAAAUUGACCUGGAUCACAAUGUUUAUAACAAGCACUUUCUGCAAUCAUUUCCAUGAUUAAAGUAGGGAAGGGGUCGAGAUGGGUGUCAACUCCAGUCUCACAUUCACUCAAACUAUGAAAUGGCAUAUUACAUGAAGUUAAGUGAAAUUCAACGCAGUUAACACCAAGGAGGACAGUCUCAUUUGUUGGUCAGGAGGCAGUGUGGUGGUGUAAGAUCUGUCAGCCUCACUUGCAUUAGCUAGGGGCUAGCUUUGCCAAAAGUAGAAACCCCUGAACAUCCCAGACUCCCUCUUCGACUUAGCGACGCAGUUGUCAACUUUUCCGUGUCAAGUGCAUUGAUAAUGAUGUCAAAUGAUUCACUCAGUCUUAUUUACAACCAGUUAUUCAACAUAGCUCUCUUUUUAAUUAUUUUUUACCAUUUUUUUCCAGGGGUCGUAUAUUUACAGUAUGGGGAUGAGAUCAAACGUGCUAUGUUACCAGCAGGCCUGCAAGACAUGUCACAAGUACAAACAUUGUUUGCGCAAACAUUCCCAGACAAGGUUAAGAGAAGUGGAGACAACCGUAAAACGAUCUACAUCAAGGACAAUUCCUGUGGAGUCUUUUAUGAACUGGACAGUGUUGGGUAAUUAUCUGUUCCCUUGUACCUUUUUUACAGUUAAGCCAAGUCAAGCGUACUCCCCAGGAUUCCAUUGAUGAAUUUAUUGUUUAUUUGAAUGAUAAAUCCAUCAUUCAUUCAUUGCCGCAACCAAUCAAAUUUAAAUGCGCAUUCCUGCAUGUGUAAUAAGCAGUGAAUUUUUUGCUUUAACGUGUCUGUAUUCUGUCUGAUUGAAAAAUCUUUGAAUGGAUAAAACUGCUUUGAGGACAUUUACAAGAAAAUGGGCGGUGGUCAUGCUCAUAGUAGCCAGGGGGAAUCCCCAGUGCCUGGCCCUUAGUGACGGCCCUGUUCCUUACUCUAUAGCAUGAUUCACACAGGUCUUGAAAAGUCCUUGAAAAAGCAUCAUGUCCUUGAAAAGUCCUUGAAAAAUGAAAAAUUGUGCGAUAUCCUUGAAUAUUUUUCAAAGCGCCUUGAAUAAAAAUAAUGUUUGUUAAAAAUAUAAUGUUUUGUGCAAAGGAAUGAUUGAAUGCACAGCAAUACACAAAUUUUCUUGGUGACCAUGCAUCAGGAAAAGUGUUUUCUUCCCAGCAUACUUCAUUUUCUGUUAUUUGAAGUACCUUAGGAACCAUGCCUUAAUGAAGGAAGGUAUUACAAUAAGCAAAACCCCCUCCACCUUAAAGGUCUUUACUUCAUGUUAUUGGGGAAAAGAAGUCCUUGAAAAAAUAAUGUUAGUCCUUGAAAAGUCCUUGAACCAUGUACACGAACACUUUCUGUACUUAGUAAUGACUUCAGCCAAGAAUUUCAAGACCUAAAACAGUAAUAUCAUAGUGGUAUAGCCUCUCUAAAGCUUUGUCUUUGUCUUUCUGUAGUACUAUCUGCCUUGUUCCUCUUUUUUUCAGUGACUUGUCAAACAAAUCACAUCUUAAGGUCCUGGAGUCCCGACCAUUCCAGAAUGGCCCAGUCUCACAUCCUGUAAGCAGCCCCACAGCGGUCCACACAGGUGCUCAAGUAACAAGCACACCCCUCCCCAACCACAGUUUUGUCCCCCCUGCUAAUGCUAUUCACAGUGGUGGUGGCAACAUCAAGUAUAGUCGCACAACCACAGUAACACGACAAUCUAGUGGAGGCCCAAGAAUAACGACGGUAACAAGGGUGGUAAAUAAUGGUGAAAAAGAAAAUUCGGCAACACACACUACAGCAUCCGAUCAGGAAGGGAUGUCCCUGAUGGACAAAAAGAAAGUUCCACUUCCGGGACUUGGUACAACGUUAAACCCAAGAAGGUAUUGACAUAAUUAUUGUGGUGUUUUAUCUUAUAGUUUUCACAAAGUGAAAAUACUUUGAGGCAGCAUGACAUUAUUUGUUUCUAAUUAUUUGAGUAGAGUGCCUGUUAACUCUAGCUGGAUAAGCUAAGUGCAUUUUCCACCAUAAACAAACCUUUAACCUGUACUCUUUGUUGAGCUUUUUAUUGCCGAGUGGUUAGAGUGCUAGACUUAUAAUCUGGAGGCUCAGAAUUCAAGUCCCCUCAUGACCGCCAGCUGGAUUUGUUUUCAGUUGUCCGGCGUUCAUACCCUCAGCCACGCUGGUAAAAUGAUCAACUGGCUCACCUCCUACCAGUUAAGAUUCUUAACCUAAUUGAACAAUAUGCAUUUGUUUUAUUAUCCCUGAAAAGCUUCGUAAGGGGAGAGGAUGAUUAACUAUUUAUAACUUUUAUUAUUAUUACUAUCACUAUCAUAUUAGGGCCUCGUGGGAGGUACUAUAUUUAGGAAUGUUUGGGUGCCACUGGGACCCCAGAAGCCUUUAAUAAGACUUUACCAGACCUAGCUAGUUUGGCUUAAUGUUGUCACCCUAUACUAGAAUAAACCUCCAAAAUCUCUCCCUAUCUUAGAGUUGCCAUUUUGCAGAAAUUUCUAAGGUCGACGCUUUCUUAGCUGUUAAACUGAGUUGUAAUUUUAUAUUUUUGAGUGUCAAUUCUCAGUUUCCCCAUUAUAGACUAAAAUCUUCAAGUUUCAAGUUGCAACCAUUUUAGUUGCCAUGGCGCCUAAAAUUUUGAAGCUGGCGACUUGAUUGGUAAAAAAGUCUCCCUAAACCAAAAGAACUGGUCACCAAAUCCAAGCAAAAACUUUAACUUGGAGGGUUGAUGACAUUCCCCCCUACCUCGUGUAUUAGGGUUUUUGCGAACAAACAGCUGAAGUCAGGAUCUCUCUUGCAGAAGGCUAUGCACAAACCAAAUGUGCUAAUCAUUACACCUAACUUGAAGUAUCUCACUUCCAUUUCAGACCGUCUCGUGACCCAGUCGAGGAUCAACUUGACAGUCUUACCAACAUGCUACAAGACGCACUCAAAACAGGCAGCUAUGAAAGUUUACCCAGUAAAAGCACUGAAGAAAGCCCGUCCAGCUCUCAGGGCAGUUUUAUUGAUCAUGGUCCCACUGCAGAAGGUAAUGAACCAACUCAGUUGCAGAUGUUUAGGUCGCGGGUCAGAAGCGAUUCAGGAAACGAGUCCCUGUUGUCUGAUGUUAGCCCAACUCCGUCAGUAGAAGGUACACUGCUGUCUGUUGUAGUAACAACGUGGAAGAGACUUCUGCUUUAAACUGCAAAUUUUUGCUCAAUGAAAUCUUGCUUUAAAACUGACUUACUGCUUAAGUUGUGCCUUUGCUUGCUAUUAUUAAUAGAAAGAAUAGGUCCAGUAGAGAUCAGAAUCAUCACUUCUCUUGCAUGUGCCUACAGGUCUUAAGCAGAUGGGCAGUGAAAGAAUGUCAAAUUAAAUACUGAAUAUCAGUGUUUACCAAGUCAUGAAUUUGAUCAUUAUUUCAGUGAUUUCUGAGUGCAAGGUCAACAGAAAGCAAAAGCCUACAAAUGCAGACUUGCUGUAACUUUUUUUGGCUCUUUGGAAAGUAAUGGUACCUAGAUAAACACCCUGUGCUUUUUCGUCAUGACUGUCCGUACUUAAAUCUUAUACAGUGGUCUACUGCAUAGUGCAUAAAUUGUCAUCUGUUAAUAAGGCAGAGUUUGAUUAUGUUGCUCAGUUUUAUUGCACCACUCCACAGGUAAACCUAAACACAUUCCCGCCCCUCCCCCCAGAGCAUCUAGUCAUACAGUAUCCAGAGAGUCAUCUAUAAAAUACAGCCAGACACUACAACGAGAUUCUCCCAGAGGAGCAAAACGAGACAUCAGUCAGCAGUACCACACACAAACACUUCCAUUGCCAUCAUCAAAGCCAAAGCGAUCACUGACAGACAGCCCAACACCUUUGUCAUCGAGUAGUUCCUCUACUUCUGGAAGCCAUGCUUCUGUCAAAUAUGAAGGUUUGUUUAUAUGAUGUUUGGAUUGUGUUGAAGGCAGUGUUUGGUCUGAUCUGGAAAAGCUGCUUCUGAUUCGUUUCUAUGCAAUCAUUGUUGUUUUUGUUGGUCCAAGCCAUGAUUUGUUGAUGAAUAAAUCUUGAAAAAUAAACGGCAAUGGCUACAAAGUCUUCACUUAAAGUGCGAAUUUGCGCUGCCUCAAAGUUUAUAUCGCACUUAUUCCAUCUCGUACAAUUGAUCAAAUGUUGGUGAAUUUUUCUGGAGUUGAAUUCUAAAGGACUGUAUCAAAAAGUUCAGGAAAAGAAAAGGAAAGUUGUUGUCUUGUGUUCUUGUCCUUGACAAAAUGCGAAAUUAGUACUGUUGUAGUAGUAGUUUUCAUCUCUGCAUUCCUGUGUGCACAAUAAGCAGUGAAUUCACACGCAAAGUAGUUAUGAAGCUCAGAUUUUGUGAUCAUGAAUUCUGAUGUAAAUGUCUUCAAAGUAUCAUUUUGUCCAUUUAAUGAAAUUUCAACUGCACCAAAUACAGAGAAGUUAUUGUAAAAAAUCACUGGUCAUUAUGCAUGCAGGAAUGGAGAUUUGAAUUUGACACUAGCUGCAGCAACAGUGAAAGGAUUCAACUUUUGAACAAUAAAAUUAAUUCAUUAAUGGAAUCCUGGAGAGUAUGCUUGACCAGGCUGGACUAUAAAAUCCUAUUCAUAUCAAUUGUACAUUGAAUCAAUACCAGUAGUUGCUACUUGCAUAUGUAGCCAUUAUUUUUGUCCCAGAACAACUAACAAUAAUCAUGUAUUAAUUUUUACGCUUUAUUAUGUUGAAGGUAACUUGAAAGAGAGAAAGACGCUUGAGAUCCGAGCAUCCACACUCCGUGGGGAAAUGAGGAAGUUAAGAGCUGAACUUAAUCAACUAAAGCAGUUUCAGACCUUUCAAGCAGAGCAAUUUGGAGAGAUGAUCAGAAAUGCUAAAGAACAAAUAGUGCAUCACUUGACACAAACACAGAAUGGUAAGAAGAGUAGCUUGUACAUAGAGUAGACACAUAAUAAAUAUUGAUUGAAAAGGAAAGAGGCACCCAGAAGAUGAAGAAGAUUGAUGCACACCUUUCUGGCUGGUGCUUAAUUUCCUCAUUGCAUUGCUUAUUAUCCAUUGGCAACCCUUAUUUUUUUGUUCUUGCUGUGGAGGUUAUAACAAGAGUUAGCCCUUACUACUGAUUUAAUAUAAAAUUAAAUCAAUGGUUAACUAGUGUUGGUAUAUAUGUUAUUAUUUUUAAUGAAUCUUAAGCUGUUAUAAAACAAAUGUAACAAAUUUACUUAAAAUAAACCAAAGGAACAUUUCACUCAUGUUACAGGCAAAUCAGGGGAGGGCAUUUGUCAUGAGUGUGCUAUAAUUUAUUCUUCAACAGAAAUUAACCUAGAAACAGUGAUCUCAAAAUCUCCUGGAACUUUACUUUCUGAAAACAUUUUAAAGGACUGUCAAUAGAUAAGUUACAUAUAUCUGAAAAUAUAGCUAUUAUUUCAAAGGUAAAAAAAAUGCUGUAGUGUCAAACAAUGUCAUGCAAUGUCAAUAACAACAAACACACCGUCUCACUUGCACAAGGAACCUGAAUUGAUAUUGUUAUUGGAAAUUAUUUAUUGUGCACGCAACCUACAGAUUAGUCAGUUAUCUGCUAGCAGAUAAGUAACUUAUCUGUAGGUUACACUGAUUUCCAAAAUUAGCUGUAGGCUCUUAGCCAAUGAGAACACAGAUAGUAAGUACAACAAAUGAUAAUUCAAAUUAAUGUGCUGUAAUUCUUUUGUUAUUUAAUAAUGUGAAAAUGAGCAUGAGCUGUUUCUCUGCAAUCCCACACCUGAGUGUGUAAUGACUGGAUAUGAUUUCCAAACUGCUGCUGUGUCUCCUUUGUUUUCACCUCAUGAAAUGUUGAUGAGUUUUAAGAAAGAGUUUUUGGAGGUCUGAGGAGUUUCUUCAUUUGCAUGCAGUGAUGAAUACAUGUAGAACUUCGCAGACCUGAUAUCACUUGAUUGAUGAUCAGGAAUGAAUCAUAAUCUUCUCUCUGAGCAUGCAUAACAUGAAAAUUUAUAUUAAUAUCUAACACCCAGUUGUAAACACCUUGGAUGGUGGGCAUGUGACUGUCAUAAUGAACACAAUGUUUUAACCUGAAAGUUUCCUAUUAUUAGUGGCUGUCAUGGCAACCAAAUCCAAGGCCAACUCUAUAUUUCCCAAUUGUUAGCCUGAGUAAACAGCUGACAUUUCAUGCUGCCACCACUGGCUUCUCUGUGAAAUGACGUUGCGAAAUGAAUGCAGAAAUUCCAUACUGAUCAUGCAACACUACCCAGAUCUGGUUUCCCACAUGGCAUGACCAAUCAGAAGCACUACCCAGUUGUAGGAAUUGGAGCGUCAUCAGUAUGGAAUUUCUGCACUUGUUUGUCAGUUGUCAUUUUGUGGGCAAACCAGUGGUGGCGUCGCGAAAGUUCGUUGUUUUCUCAGGCUACCCAAUUGUCUCUUUAUGCUUGGUUUGUUUGUUUUCCAUCUCAGGCCACAUGCCACCCUUUUUCCACUCCUUUCACAUUUCUCCCAGUGAUUUUCACCAGAAAGAAAAAUUCUCUUGAGGGAAUCAUGUGGUUUGAAAUACAAAUUAAAAAUAUCGAUCACAAAAGGUCUCUUGAAGUUAGAGGUACUUGGAAAAGUCCCCAGGGUCUCAUUUACUGAUGCUGGAAUGUCCUUGGUUUCACAAGCAAGCACUUGUUGAUAGAGUGAUUUUAGUAUGACCUUGAAAUGGAAAUGCACAAACAAAACAGAAACAACAAACAAAGAGAAAUAGAGCGAAUUAAUUGGUUUAUUGAACGGAUACAAAUGCACUUGGCUUUUAAUUGGUUAAGCGAUCGCUUGGGUGAAAAAACUUCAUGCCCAAGAACUUUCUUGAAAUCAGCCAAUACUUUGCUUUGACAUCAUACUGCAACACGAUUGGCCAAUUGAGCAAUGACUUCUCCAUGUUAGGGUUUUCUUUAGGGGGAAAACGCAGAUGGCAUGUUUUGAUCCUUUCAUCGAUUGGCUGAUAAAACAAAUAACGAAACUUAAAUACUGAAACCUUUUUCCAAGGUCAUUCAAAAAUCACUCUAACUGUUGUACCUUAAAACUUGUAUUAACCAGUCACCCUUGGGGGAUGGCUUACUGACCCCUUAAUACAGGUUUGACAUACCUACAUAUGUAAGGGUUAUUUAAGGAAAUGGAGAUCUGAGGUGAAAGAGGGAGAUAUCUAUCCGACACCUUUUUGGCCUUGACCUGUUUCUAUCUCCAUGUGUACCAAAAGAAAAACAGUAAAUAACCACUAAAACCCUUGCACAGUCUUUCUGUGGCACUAGUAUGGUACAUCUUGUUGAAGUGACCGUUUAGUACAGGUGAAGAGAGUAAGAAAUAACUCUUUGGAGCCUCAGAAAAGGUGACCAUGACCUCCUAAUAGAGGGUGAUCGCUUAAUACAGGUUUGACUGUAAUAUUUUACUUGUAGGUCCUUCUGCAAAAUCAGUGAAAGAGAAGGUACAGAUGGAGGAGAUGGCUUAUGUAAAAACCAAGAAUGAUAUUAACAGACAUAUAAGGUAUGACACUGAAAAUAACACUGCUGCUCUCUAGGUUAAACUAUGCAAACUGCAACUUUCUUGUAUCAUUCAUGGUAGCUGAAAGUCUGUGUUUGUUUACACAUCAGUUCUCUGUUUAUGAUUUGCAUGAUUGAUUUUCAUACAGGUGUAUUUAUUAUUAAAAAUUUGUGAAUGAAAAAUUAUGUAUCAGCCAACAUGCUUGAAUUAAGACUGUGAUCUAAGCAAAAGUUGAAUAUCAUCAAUGUCUGAUGCUGACAUAUAAUUUAAAAAACAUACAGAAUAAGAUAAUGUUAUUUAGCAACAUAGCCCAACAAAAAUAUCCUCAGGGGUUUUGCUUAUCAUGCAAGAAAAACUAUGGACUGCAAGAUAAAAAGCUUCUUGAUUAAAAAACAAACUAUGAUGAGGAUAGAGAUUUUAUUUGUGCUACAUUUGUGUUACCAUGAGUUGUGUAAGACAUUUAAACUUGUAUCAAUACCUACGAAAGUAUCAGUUGAUCAUGAGUUAAAAAGAAUUACCAGCAAGAGUUAUAUAUUUUAAUUUUUAAGAUCAUUCAAAAUGUCCUGUCACUUUUUCACCUGGAGAUCAGUAUCACUGGCACUGGGCCUGCUCUUAAACUUAAAUUUCUAAUUUUUAUUUUCAGUGAGCUGGAGAGUGAAGUAGAGAUGGUUCGUCUCGAUGUUGUACAGAAAAGAUGUAUUGCCAAUCCUGCGGAGGUUGACAGUCUUAACAGCCAGCUGUCAAUCAUAAGCCGUCAAGUGUCUGAUCUCAAGGGUAAGUUCAAACUUCAUUAUUGCCAUUCAUCUGUACCAUAAGCUAAAUUGCACACUCUAAAGGGAUUGAAAAGGUAACAUCUUAGAUGAUAAGUAACUAUUACGCAUUGAUGGCCAAGUGUGUUCAAGGUAAGGUGUCUGGCCCUAAGUUUUUGGUUUUGGUCCAUAAAAAAAGAACGAGGUCAAUAUUCAGCCAUCUUCACCAAACACCCUUUUUAUACAAGAUUUAUGAUAUGGCCCAAAAGAAUUUUUUAUCGGACAAAAAUUGAAAAUUCCAAGUGGACAAGACGGACUCAUCUUGCCAGCUCGCAUAGUCCUCAGAUAGCCACUUAGAAAACAGAAUUUGCUUCCUCUCAGCCAUGUGAUGAUAAUGAAUGUUACUCUUUUACUUCACUACCAUGCGAAGAUCAUGAAUGUCUGCUUUUGGCUCAGUGUGUGCAGGCCAACAUUUUUCAAGCCACUUUUGAUUAUAACAGGGUUUGUACAGAGUCUUUAAUUCUUGAAAAAGUCUUGAAAUUUGCUCAAACCUGGAAAAAGUCUGGAAAAUAGAGGUAAAGUCUUGAAAAAAUGGUAAAAAAGUCUUGAUUUUUUUUUUUGGCAGCUACCACAAGUGCUUUAUAAGUGAAAGUUUUUUUGCGUUGGUCGAAUCUUAUUUAAUAUCACCCGUACGUUUGCAGCACUUCAGGAAAAAAACUUUGUUCCUGUGCUUUUAAGGUUUCAGUUGAUUACCUAUUAAUUUGAUAACCUUGGGUCUGGACAAAGAAAUUAUUGAUUUGGAAAAAAGUCUGGAAAAAGUCUAGAAUUUUGGAUCCAAAAGUCUGUACGAACCCUGUUGUAUCCUGUCAGGCCAUUUUGGUUGUAGUUUUUAUAUCCUGAAAUACUCAAGUUAAACUUAUUUUAAUUGCCUUUUUCAGGUGAGUUUGCGGAACUGCAUGAUAGAAUGAAGUCAAACAUGGCAUCAGAAUUGGAGAUCAUAGUUCAGGGAGACAAGUGAGUGUUCACUGAAAUAAAAUAAUGUGAUCAACAUGAAUUUUCUCCUGCCAAUAUUAAAACAAUAUCAAGAGAAAAGGUUAUUAAAAUAUUUAAAUGAUCCACCUUUGAUCUUUUGUCAAAUUCUCUCAGCUAAUUCUUUAAAGAAAUUUAUGGAUAAAGGGCUGGAGAAUUUGUUUGCAGAUAUUGGAGCUUACAAAAAAAAAAAACCUCAAAAAAUCCACAUAAUUAAUGCUUCUUUCUUUAGAAUUUAUAUCAGAAGACACUUAAUUUUUUUUAGAACUCUGAGGUAAAACAGUAUAUCUGCUAUCUCUCUUCAGAUUUCUGAAAGAAGAACCAAACAAACUGGAGAACUUAGUUAGCAGAUGUAAGCAUAUCACAGGGACACUGUUUACAUUACAAAAGUAAGUUGUUACUGUUUUAGCAGUCUGAAUGUGCAGGAAAGAAGAAUCAUGAAUCCUACGAUUAAAGUGGUUUUUCAAAUUUCCCAGGCUGAUUGUGGCAGACCAUUUCAGGCCUUUACUGAAUUCAUUCCAGAACAUAGCCUUGGUAUAGAACCGUGGUGUUGACAAUCACGAUAAAUAAAAGUCCUUGCAAUACUUUGAGGGGCAUUUUUGUGUAUGCAGAACAUCGAAUCAUUGAAUUUGGUCAGCUCUAGCUGGAUAUGAAAAUUUAAAGAAUGAUCUACCUGGACGCUAAUUAGCAAAUUACAAAGUAAGGUCGAAAAUGAAACGAAAUUAACCCCUGGAUAGUGAGUUAACCGUCCAACCCCCCCUACCCUCUGGAAUUUCCUGGGCCUCUGACCCCCAACCCCACGGAAUUUCCAAUUCCCUCCGUGGUGGGGUAUGGAUAUCUCCUAGAAUUACACAGAAAAUUGAAUCAAGCCUGGAUUAAGCCAGACAGAAACGGAGAAGUAUUUUGAAUGAAUAAUUGGGAUGAUCUGAUUUAUUUUUCAAUCUUCAGAUUAGUAACUGCUCAACAACAAAUGAAGAGUGAAAGUGAAGCAUCAUUCAGCUCUUUAGAGGUUUGCUGUUGUUUUUUUUUCUUCGCAUUUUUGAGGCCAUUGCCAAGUUUCCCCUAGCCUGAGAUCAUGCGGUAUCUCUAUCAUCCCUAUAUAUGUCUCUCACGCCCUGCGCGCUCUUAAAGAAAAAAAAAGAAAAACGCCUGAUCGCAGGUUAAGUUUUCCCAAGCCUCUACUAAGUGCGAAACCGUUGGUGUGAAAAGUUUUUUUCUUCUGGUGUAAAUGAAACUCAUUAUCACAAGAAAGGUUUCGCACUUAGCCUCGUUUUGAAAGUGAGAGUUUUUGGAACUCGGAAAUGGCCUAUACCACCAUUCAGUUCAGUUCAGUUCAGUUUAUUCACACUUGUAUACAAUAUUUACACUGUAUAUAGUAACGUAGAAGUAAAAUAACAAAUAACAGAGAAAAAAAAAGGAAAAGAAAGAUAUUAAUGGCUUUGGUAGAAGUAUUAGCCUGCGUGGCUGGCGGUAUUGUGUGGGUGCGAGAUUAAAGUUUUGGCGGCGGAGCCGUGUUCCAAAAAAAAGGAGUAGGGACGAGGCGGUUGAAAUAGCCUGCGUGGCUGGCGGUAUUGUGUGGGUGCGAGAUUAAAGUUUUGGCGGCGGAGCCGUAUUUCUCGCGGCUUCGCCGCUCGUGAGGGCUCCACCGUCAAAUCUCACUCGACUAUAUUACAACGGCUCCGCCGCCAAAUCUCACUCGACUACUACACAAUACCGCCAGCUACGCAGGCUGUAGAAUUAUACGGUGGUCAGAGGCGCUUAGCUUUCGAGCUAAACACCGCUGCAUCAUGCAUAGAAAUACUUAAUAUGUGCUCCAGGUGCCAUGGCAAAUAUGGACGAUUAUGUGAAACAGUCAUUUAUAUGUAGUUAACUUUGACAGUUAAGCAGAAUUCGUUUGUAUUGUUCUUUAAACUGGUAGUUGCCGAGUGUUUUCAGAAAGAAGAUAAAACAGGCAGCUUUUCCAUUUCCAUUUCCAAAAUUUAUAGCAGAAAAUAAAAUACAACUGAAGAUUGUCAUACUAGUCAAUGGAUUAAUUUACGCUAGUGUUUUUGGUCAUUAUUUUGUGAGUCCUUGAUCAAUUACCACUAACAACAAGCUGCUUUUUGUUAUUAUUGUCUCCUGAUAAUUCCUAUUUGUUUCUUUGUGUGUUUGUUCUUUCUUACAGGAUGUUGACAAAGAAGUUAUUGACAGUAUAAGAUCAGUACAAAGAGACUACAUUACACAAAGGGGUUUAGAACAUCAUACAGAGGUACAGUUUAUGACAAGCUGGCUUUAUUACAAAGUCCCAAAGAGGCUUAUGUUAAAGAGCCGGGCUAUAUCACUUACUAGUUUAGUGUUAGACAGGUUCAGCAUCGCGUUUACGUCAAACGGCAAACGCAAAUUUGUACCACGUGUCCAAGUUUCCCCUUUACCUGUACGUCGUUUACUGUUCAUAAUUAUUUUCUACACAUAAAUGCUGGAGUAGUUUCACGCAAUUUCUUAUCCAUAAUAAUCGUUUUGAGCUGCUCAUUUUCUAUUUUGAGAAAUUCUCAACUUGAAUCUGACGUUUGCCAUUUACCGUUUACGUGAAGCUUUUAAAACUCUCUAUUUUCAUAACUCAACAGGAGCCAUAGGAACAUAGCCUCCAGAAAAGGCGUUAUGUUUGGGCGUGGAGCGCGAGAAACUGGCCUUCUUUCGUCGCGCGUGUCUCACGUUAUACGUCCGCCAUGCGCUUGUCUUCGCUCGCCUGGAAGACUCGUUCAGAUAGUGGCUGUCCUGCAGGCUGGCUUUUAUAAGAAACUUUGUCGGAAAUGGGCGCUUAGAACUUUCAGUGUUGUGGAAAGCACAAAUAGUCAACAACUUUUUAUUGACUAUAUUCUAACAGACCGUAGCAAUGUCGUCAUGUGUUCAAAACUUCGCAGUGAAACCUUGAUCUCGCUUGUGGAUCUACUUAAGUUUUGAAUAUUUGGACGCCAUUUCCAUGGUAUUAUACGAGGGUAGACAAUAAAAAUGUUUUUUGACAGGGUAGAACUUCUUAUAGGCCUGUGUGCAUUGCUCAAUAGACCUCUUUAGCUUGUCUGUUUUGUUUUCACAAUAAAAGGUCUGGGGGGAAUUUGCCCCUUUGUCUUUUCAUAAAUUAUGCGUAUACAAGAACAUGGUAGCAAGAUUAAAUAUCUGAAUCUCAAAAAACGGUGGUCCUGCAAGUAAGGUAGCCCAUAUACUGAACUUUUCUUUCAUUGUUUGACAAUACAAAUGACCUUCUCUGUCAAGAAAGACUGUUGACUAAAAAUCCAGAAAUUUUGCUACCAUGGUAACGUAACGUCACACUUCUCCUUUCUAUAAUACGAAAUUUGUAUGAAACAGUUCUCUAUCUAAUGUUAUUAAAAAGUGAAUCAUUGGAUAGUGAAAUUCUAGAGCUCUGGUAAAGUCGGGAAGAAUUCUUGAUAUUUUGUGGGCGUUUUUAUUUAAACAAUUAUUCCACUCGCGCUUGUUGGAUAUGAGAAGACCAUGGCCAACUCAUAUCCAACGCGCACUCGUGGAAUGUUUGUUAAUUAUCACAUUACCUACACUUUGAGAAACAAAGCGUACAAGCUAAACAGGUCUUUCCUAACUGUCUUUUUGCUCUUUUUGUAUCCUAACACAUUUCACCUUCUCUACUUUGAAAUUAGUCUGCUACACAACCGUUUUUAGUGUCGUCACGCAACGCUCCUCCCCACUAAAACUGUUAGUGGGGAGGAGCGUUGCGUGACAACACUAAAAACGGCUCUGUAGCAGACUACUUUGAAAUGAAAGUGGCAUGAAUGAAUCACGAAUGCUAUUUUUUGAUGCAUUUUUUUCCUAUUAUAUUUUCAAAGGAACCGAAAUUACCAGUAAGAGGACGUCAUAAGGUUCGUUUCUACGAUGAAGUCACACAGUUACCAUGA